ACAACAUGAAGCCUACGUGAUUUAUUUUGAAGUCGAACUUCGUAAAAUGCCUAUGAGUGUAUUUCGAGCCCCCAACAAUGUAUCAAGGCUAGAAAACAACGUCAUCCAUAAUGAAUGAAAGCUCUGGAGACCCGCUAACACCCGCGUCAACGGAUUCGUCGAUCCCCAUCACAUGCUAGCUUUUACAAAAUCGACGCUUCAGUCUUCAACAUCACCUCAACCAAACCUUCUCAGGUACCUCCACACAAUCUCUGCUCUAUAGCUAAAUUCUCGCUACGAUACUACGUACAUACCAGUACUCUUACAUCUUCGUCUUGCGAACCGACAAUGGCGGCCGCGACUGACCUGAUCUCAUGCACGAUAUAGCAAGCUUUACAACGCGGCAAUGGCAAAGCCGCGAGAGCUCGCCGGCUCAUUCGUACCGACGCCCGAAUCUCUAGCAUCAUCGUCAACCUCCCGAUCACGCUCCGCAAGCCGAAAUCCGGACUAUAAAGAUGGUCUACGAAGUAGUUCGCGUCCAGGAUCUACCUCAGAGGUCCAUCCCCAUCAUGCGCACCAUGUCAGAUACUCCGAAUCCACCCAAGCAGGGACUAUCAUGGACCCAGAGCGGGUAGACCACCAAGAUUUUGCCAAGAAGAGACAGAGUCGCAUCAAGCGGUCUGGGGGCUUUCUAUUGGAAUCUGCAAUACCAGGUCUCAGGCGAAGAGUCAGCGGAGAAAGUAAGCAACGAGAACAGGAAUACGAAGGCCGGGCUGUAGAGAAUGGGCAAGAACUAAGUGCCGAUGCUGAGAAAUUGAAAGUAUCAAAGACAAGGAAGCGCACAGUUCAAAGCUCGCCACUUUCCAGAGAGACGAUGAAACCUGAAAUUGAAGACGUCAAGAGGACCGAUCACACGAGUUUCUCAUGGCAGGAGGGGCUCGACACAAAGAGGCAAAGUCAAAAAACCACACAUGUGCACGAAGAUAGUCACACAUGGCCAAGUGCUACAUCCAGUCAUCAGAACUCCCGCCGACCUGCGCCCGCGAUCGACCCGACUCAGAUCGUGAACAUGGCUUUGAACCUAAGCGAAAGUAGGAGGAGGAAUAUCAGUGUCGGCCAGGUAGCUGUUGGACCCAUGGCAAAUUCGCGACGAGCUGUUUCGAGGACUCCAGAUAACUCAAUGCUCCUACAAGGCAGCUACCACAGCUCGAAUACGGGAGGAAGUUUGAAACAGCAUCUACAACAGCAGCGUAGAUCUUCGCGAAAUAUAUCUCCCGUAACUGGGAGAUCUUCUCCACGAAGUCGACAUACUUCAACACCACACUCCGUGGUUUCGUCUGAUCCUUCUGUCACGAUGCUAGAGAACCAGGAGGUCUCUUACAGGUUCUCAGAUGCGACUCUAGCAAGGGCCACAAAGGCACGUGCCUACUUGGAAUUGUCAAUCGAACACAGGCGGUUAUUACAGUACCUACCGCCCUUGAAACCCGAUUUUCUCGCGCCGGGUAACUACCAGGUGUCAUCAAGCAGUGUACCUGGCACGACCUCUGUCGAGCUUCAGCGGUCAACUUCGAACAAAACAGCGAAGUUUCCCUUGGGUCGACAGUACAACCCUCUUCAGCUAAUCCGCAAUCGAAAGAUGAGAGCGCGGGAGAGGCGCCCUCUGGAUACCGAGCCCGAAGACUUCGAGGAUGUUCUUCGCACACGGGUAUGGGUAGAUGGUGUCGAAGAAACUUCAAAACGCCGCAGUUACCGAAAGCUUGACUCGGUGAAUCUGCCUACAUUUGGCCACAGUAGCGACUUCCAACGAAGCGCAAACAACACGGCUAUGCCAGGGCAGAAACGACCCAAAAUCGAGUGGUCAUUCUCGCCGGGUGAGCUCUUUGCUGACGCAUAUUGGCUCGAACAAAACAGCAAUAAGGCAGCCAUAGUAAAUCGAAAUGGCAACAAAAUCUUUGACUCAAGGCGACCUCAGACUGCCAUACCGCCUCGCGUAAGCGCAGAAAUAUCGCGAACGAUGCAGAGGACCAACACGAGUUCCAACGAGUCGUACGAUGGAGGGAGAUCGGAUACGUACACUGCCGAGGACAGUGAUGCACAAAGUCAUCGCGGCCGUAAACGAAGACUGCUACGGGCGGAAAAGCACGGGUGGCACGGAAGACAUCGCUCACGAAGCUCCUCAGGCUUGUCUUCAUCUGAUGAUGAAUCUAACAGACUCAUGAGCCUAUCGCACCGCCGUACUGGAACUAUAGACCUGAAUACAGGCCCUCUGCAAAGCCAUCUCAAUGACUUGAUUGAGCGGGAAAAAGGCAUGAUCUCUCCAGAGGUCGAAUCGCCGGACCACUGGGGCUCUGGGCAUGUGUCUUUGACUGGCGAGGUUAUUUCACCUUUGCGCAAAUCAUCCGUCGUAUCGGAUGGAUUUGAAGGGAGUGGAGCUAUGAAGAAGAGGCCAACGCACCUGCAGGCAAAACAUUCUGUCGAAGGUCCUGAAGAGGCCAUGAGGAAUCGAUCAUCAUAUGAGGACCUAUCAUCUGCUCCAAACUCGCCUGGAUUUCCACGAUUCCUCCCUCAAGGUCGCAUCGACAGUACGCCUCCUUCCAGUCGGAGAGGUAGUCUAUCGAAAGGUAGUACAAAAUAUAAGCUUGGCACCUUCCGUUCAAGCAAUCCCCAUGAUGGCAAUGAUUCGGCCCAGGACGCGGAUCAUACUUCUAAUUCGCGACAAACGAGCGGCGAUAAGUUGUCGAAUGCUCCAGGCGCGAAGUUCAUGCCUGCCAUCGGUGUGAAGCAUCUCUUCUCACACAAACGUAACGAGAGCCGCAAUAGUAUCGUAGAGCGGAUAGAUACUCAUGUCCAAGACGAGAAGCGCGAGUCCAAAGAGACCAAAGAACCACAAUCCGCGGUCACUCGGUUCCUCAAGGGCGUAAAGAACGAAGGAUCAAAGGUCGGCGACUUCAUAUUUCGAAAAGAAGCAGGUGAUGAUACAGUCUCGUCCUCAGAUUCGGACCUCGACGUAUCUGAUGUUGGAGAACAAUAUCGAGCAGAAAAGUUGAAGAAGCGACCUACACAUGUCAAACGAAGUUCAACCUCUGUAAUCGAGACCAUGAACUCACUGAAGCCUGCUCGGACUAGGCCUUUCAAACUACCAAUCUUUCGUUCUACCCAUGUUCAUGUGGAUGACAACGAUACGGUGUCUACCAACGAGGAUGAUAUCGAAGAACGGAAAGCCGAUGAUCGGGAGAACCUGUUACCUGCCAUGGAGCUGCGCACGUCCAAGACCCGUUCUGAGAACCUCUCAACGGCGAAUCCUAUAUCUACAAGGCCCCAAGAACCAAAAGCUCGCCCCAGUUUCACACUCACACGAUCACGCUCCGAUACGCGCACACGCCUCGCCAACAUCCUUGAACAUCCAGGAACAGUCGGUCGUGGUGGUCUGCCUGUCACAUCCCUUGCCCGCCUCUCUCCUUCUCCGUCUCGCGAGCCAUCCCACAGUCGUGACCGUUCCGACCAGCGCAGUAACAGCCGCCACUGGUCAAUCUCCGACCGCAAGAACUCCCAGCCCAGCACCACCUCAACUAUCACCCGUGCCGACAUCGCGCGGACACGCGCCCUACUUCUUUGCACAGGUAUCAAGGCCCGCGAAAUCACUCGCCGUGCCCAUGUCGUUCGUGACGAACCGGCGCCAUUCCUCCGCAAAGCCAUAGCGGCGGCCUCCAAGGAGUGUGGCUAUGAUACUCCUCGCGUACCACGCAUGCAGGAACAUGUUCUUGCCGCUCGAAUCCUAUCUGAGCAAUUAUCUGGCCGUACGGCGACCCUGCGCACCGAGACGUCGCUUUUCAAAGAGACACAUAUCGAGCCAUUACACAAGCAAUUACUGGCGUUGCGUGCUCUCUUACAUGAUGAGUUGGCACCCCAAAUCAAGAAUGCCGGGGCUGAUGCCGAGACGUAUGCGUCAAGGCUGAGUCGCACAUAUCCGCUGGAGACGAAGACAGUAGUCGAGAGGGCAGACAUUUUGGUCAGAGCAAGACGGAGGAAGGGCAGAUGGUUAAGACGGGGCGGAUGGGCGCUCGUAGAGUAUCUGUUGCUGGGCGCGAUGUGGUGGCUGUGGUUGUUGGUAACGGUGUGGCGAGUCGUGAGGGGUAUCGUGGGUGGAACGGGGAGAGCGGUUAGGUGGGUGCUAUGGUUACCAUGAUUGUAUUUGCCGGACUGGCGAUUUCAUUUGUAAUGUGGCAUAUAGCGUGGCGUUGAACUGGGUUGACGGAUUCUUGUAAGGUAUUGUUCAUUCGAGUGAAGUCCACACCAAGGGAUAUUCUGCAUCAUACUAUAUAUGUACAACGUGCUUCCUGUGUACCUAGCUUUAGAUGUCCGAAAUGGAAGGAUAAUCACGAACGACACUCACGUCUUUCC